AAUGUCUGUGUGGUGCAGGUAUGAAAGUUGAUAAUUAACUUAAUAUAUAUUUUGCAGUUUUUGUUAUUAAUUUUUUAUUGUUUACCAGUAUAAUGCAGCGUGAACUAAACAAAAAUGAGUUGAACGGUGUAUAUGCAUUUAUGAAUCCUGCAUCUGUGGCAUCUACUGAUGGCUUAGGGUACAACGAGCGUGUAGCUUUGCUUUUUCAGCGAUUGAGCAACAUACAACCAGAUCGAUUCCUUGUCUGCCCUUGGUACCAUGACGAACACUGGAUGGUUAUCUUAAUCCAAACGGGAUCGCAGAGUGUAGCAUUUUUGGAUUCCAGAAACAAAACCAUUCGUCAAGAUAUUAAAAGAUGUGUUCAAACUGCUCUUGAGAGGUACUACCUUGAGAAAAGAAACCGACGGUCAGUAGCAAUAAGCUUCACUGAGUACAGAUGUCCAGAGCAACCAGAUGGCGUCCAGUGUGGGUAUUAUAGCAUGAGAUUUAUUAAAUCAUUCAUGACUGAAAAUAAUCCUACACGAAAAUUGGAAGCAGAGUUUAAAAGGAACAUAUCAUCCUCUUACACUAACAAAGAAAUCAAUGAAAUACGUGACGAAUGGGCAAAGUAUGUCAUGCAGAUGAUAGCAGCAGGCAAAUGACUAAUAACAUAGAGUAUGAUGACCAAUGAUCGCUCAUGGACGAUCCCCAUGUGAUCUAAGAAAAUGAUUGAUAGGUUUGACAUCGAUCUUAGUUACUAUUGUCUUGCUUUUUUAGUUUUUAGGAAGUGAUUUCCAGCUAUAUGAUUAAAGUCCCAAGUGACUACUUGGAGACUUAUUUUGUUCUUAGUAUACACAUU